UGACUGCAAUUGAAGUUGCAGUUGCAGUUUUGCAGUAGUUGGCGUUGUGUGGCUGCCUGCCUGCCUCAUCUGCCAGUUGUCAGCGGAAGUGUUGAUGAAUUUAUUUGUCAAAAUCGCAUUAGGCGACCCCAGGUUAUUUCGGCUCUUAGGCAACUGGUCACACUUGAGCAACAGCUGUUUUGCCUCCGCUGAACACCCCCACACACAUAUACAUACACACACAAACACACCGACACGCACGUGCUGCGCCGCUGCUGUGCUUUAUUUUUUUUCCCGUGGUGUCUGCCGCCUGCAUUUGGACAUUAUUUUCCUUAUUUGGCUGGAAGCAGUCGUUUGCUCCGUUCUCUCUCUUGCUCGCGCGCGCUCUCUAUCUCUCUCUCUCACACUAUGGGCAAGAACAGCAAGCGCAACAACAAAGCCAAACAGCAGCAGCAGCAGCAGCAGCAGGCGCAACAAGCUGCAGCAGCAGCAUCCGGCGGAGGGGCUGCAUCUUCCAGCAAAAGCAACAACAAUAACAACAACAACAAGGAAGAACAAAAUGCUUUGGAACGACGCUUCCCCCGGCUAAGCGGAAAGCAGCGAAAAGAACUUAACCAAUUGGUUUUGCAACUCUUGGAUUUGGUGCAAGUACAGCCGGCGAAUCCCAACGAAGAGUGGACCCAAUAUGUGCAGCUACAGAAGCUACUGGAUCGCAUCACUCAGCUGGAGGAACCCUUGCAGAAGGCAGUGUGCCCGGAGAUUUCCGCUGGCGACGAUCAACAGCGAUUGGCCAAGGUGGCGGCGUUCAGUGAAUGGGCCAAGGCGGCCGGCGUGCAAAGCGAAGGCGUCGAGAUAGCCAUCUUUCCGGGUUACCAACUGGGCCUACGGGCCACCCGUGACCUGGCCGCCGACGAGCAGGUUCUUAGUGUGCCCCGUAAGCUGAUCUUUUCGGAGGAACAUCUCCCGGAAUCGGAUCGCCGGCUCUUCUGCAACUAUCCGCUGCUCACGAACUUUAAUCUGGCCUACGCCCUGGUCAUCGAGAAGGUGCGCGGGGCGGAGAGCGAGUGGCGGCCGUACAUUGAUCUGCUGCCGGCCAAGUACAAUACGGUGCUGUACUUUAGUGUCGCCCAGAUGCAGCGACUCCGGGGCACCGCCGCCGGAACGGUGGCGUUGCGGCAGUGCCGCGUGAUUGCCCGUCAGUACGCCAACAUGUACAAGUGCGCCCACAUCCGGCCGGAGGCGAGCAGCAGUGAUGGAGGUGGCUCCAUGGGUGUCCUCUGCACGCAGCACGGCCUGUGCUAUGAGCUGUACAGGUGGGCCGUCUCCACGGUAAUGACCCGCCAGAAUCUAGUGCCCCGCGAAAUGCAGGCCAUCGACGAGGCGGAGCUGAACCAGCUGCCCAUAUCGGCCCUGAUUCCGUACUGGGAUAUGGCCAAUCACAGGCCGGGCAAGAUCACCUCCUUCUAUGACAGCGGAACGCGUCAGAUGGACUGUACCGCCCAGGAGGAGUUCAAGGCGGGCGAGCAGUUCUUUAUCUACUACGGAGAUCGUUCCAAUGCCGAUCUUCUCGUGCACAAUGGCUUUGUGGACCUGAACAACCGCAAGGAUUAUGUGAAGAUCCGCUUGGGUUUGAGUCCCACAGAUCCGCUGGCGGAGCAGCGUGCCCGCAUCCUGGCCAAGCUGAAUAUCGAUCGCAAGGCGGAGCUGCGUGUGCUGCCCGCUCCGGAUUUUAUAUCCGGCGAACUGCUGGCCUUCGUCCGGGUCUUCAACAUGAGUGCCGAGCAGCUGGAUCACUGGCACAGCGAUUUGGAGCGGGCUGGGGAUCUGCUGCACAUUGACUGUGCUUUGGAGACGGACCAUGAGACGCGCACCUGGCAGUAUCUGUAUCAGCGUUUGAAGCUGCUCCUGGGCGUCUUUGAGGUCACUUUAAAGGAGGCCGACGAGGUGGAGCUGCUGUCGCAGCUGAAGAUUAAGGAGGCUGCGGGCGAGGCAGCGGCUGGUCACGAGAUUGACCUGAUGCUGUUGGAGUAUCGCCGCCUGGAGAGGAGCAUCCUGGCGGGAGCUCUACAAUAUGCUCAGGAGCAUUGCAAGGUAUGAAAGGGAUUUCAUUACUCCCCUUCCCCUUUGCCUACCCCUUUAACCCCCCCAAAAGAAGCACAAUUCAAGUGGCCAUAGUUCAGUCUAGAAAUUAGCUUUAAACUUGAUUUUUUUUUCUUUUUUUUUAUGUAAGAUUCAUAAUCUUUAGUUAAAUUAUUUAAACCGAUCUUUUAGUCGUGAGUUUUUUGCAGUUGAAAACCAAAAGGAAGCCAAGACCUCAUCAGUUUUUAUAUAUAUAUUUGAUAUAUACUCUUGAUAUUCAGUUAAAAAACUGUGUACGUCUAGUUUUGUCCCUUAUUUUAAGUUUUCUUCUACUUUUUUUUUAAGCCGCUUAAUUGUUUAAUGUUUGUUUAUAUUUUUAUAAUUUUAUUACUUAUAAUAACCAGUUGAAAUAU